AUGACUUGGAUCUCGAAAACAACAACGGCUUUCGGCCUGAUAUUGCUGGCGCAUGCCUGCUACUCGGCACACGAACAUUCGGCACUACAGGCACACCGCGCCGCCUCCCUCGCUUCGCUGACUGCGUCACAAGCUGGAGCUUCGACAGCCUUGCCCAUCGAUAUCGCAAUCGAGACUGUUGUCGCAACCAUUGUUGUGGUAUUAGGGUUGGUCCUCAAUACCGCUCCACUGAGACCAAUUCGAUGGCGCGUCUGGGCGGGCCAGAUCGAACGAGAAGGCGAGGAGGCUUUCAAAGAUGCGAACGGUGAUGUGGCUAAAGAAUUUGUCGGAAACCCAUUCAAGUUGCUGGAGACGAGACCAGGCUUUGUGGAUAUCAGGAAGCAACGGAAGGAAUUUGCGGAAUGGGUGAAGACUCAGGGUCAGUGA